UGCUAUAAAAGAUCCAACAAUGGCAUUCUAGUUCAGCAAAAAUAAUAGCAUCGAAUCUUUCCUGUUUCAAAUUCAGUACACAAGUGUUACCCAGCAAUGGAGGAAAUCAACAACCCAGCAAUGAAAGUAUCAUCAAUCAGCAGCUGGUUAACUGAUUUGGAAAUGGACGAAUACAAUAUAUUUGCUGAGGAAUGCAACCUGAAUUUCCUUGAUGCUGAUGUGGGAGGGUUUCUUUCACAAGACAUAUCUAAUGUAUUUCAAGAACAAAACAAACAACAAUGUUUGUCUUUGGGGUCCACUUCAACAAAUGAUCUCAGCAAGUCAUUCAUUCAUGAAACAAUUGAUAAUAGUGACAAAAUCAAUAAAUCUCUUUCACCAAAUCUUUCUCCAUCUUUUCAGUUUCCAAUUCCAAAAGAGAAUGAAACAAUAUCAAUGUCUCCAACUGAAUUGGAAAAUAUGAAUCACUCAACAGAAACUUCAAAAGGGUCAUUGGAAAAUGAAAACUUGGAAACAAAAACCUCAAAAAGCAAAAGGCCUCGUGCUCAUGGUAGAGAUCACAUCAUGGCUGAGAGAAAUCGAAGAGAGAAACUCACUCAGACCUUCAUUGCUCUUGCAGCUCUUGUUCCUAACCUUAAGAAGAUGGACAAGCUCUCUGUAUUAGUUGACACUAUCAAAUACAUGAAAGAGCUUAAAAAUCGUUUGGAAGUUGUGGAAGAACAAAACAAGAAAAAAAAUAAGUCAUCGACCAAACCAUGCCUAUGCAGCGAUGAAGAUUCUUCAUCAUGUGAUGAUAGCGUUGAAUGUGUUGUUGGUUCACCAUUUCAAGUGGAAGCAAGAGUGUUAGGAAAACAAAUGUUAAUUCGGAUCCAAUGUCAGGAGCACAAGGGGCUUCUAGUUAAAAUUAUGGUUGAAAUUCAAAGAUAUCAACUAUUUGUUGUCAAUAGUAGUGUCUUACCCUUUGGAGAGUCUACACUCGACAUUACCAUCAUCGCUCAGUUGGGUGAAGGGUACAACUUGAGCACAAAGGAACUUGUGAAGAACGUACGCAUGGCUGUAUUGAAGUUUCUUGGUGAGGCUUACGUCACCCCUUCAUGAAUUGGAAGUAAUUUACAACUCAUGACAAGUAUGAUUCAAUUCUGGAUUGAAGAAGAAAAAGAUUACAAGUUGAACGAAGAAGAUGAAGAAGUUUGAUAUUCUUGAGAUGAAAACGGUAAUUGAUUGUAAGAAAAAAACCAAAUUGGUGAAGCCUACAUUAUUCCUUGAUGAAUUGAGGGUAAUUUACCCCUAAUAACAAGUAGGAUUUGAUUAUGGAACAAAGGAGAUGAAGAUCACAUGUUUAAUGAAGCAGAUGAAGAAGUUUGAUGUUCUGAAGAUAAAAAUAGUAUUUGAUCAUAAAAAAAAAGAUAAAAAUAAAUAAAUUUUUCUUUGAUAUGGGUAAAUUACCCCCAAAUCAGUAAAGGGUAAUGUAGAAAAAAAACAAGUUUUGUGUCAUCAUAACAUACACGAACACGAGCAUGUAAGUGUUGUUGAGCUGCCGGGCAACAAAAGUCACAAAUAUUUUCAGAUUUUUCCGUAUUUUUGUACAAUGGUUUGACAAAUGUGUCCUAGGAUGCUCUCAUUUAUAAAAUUUUAUUUAUUAUAAUUUUCUUAAA